AUGCCGAUCCCGAUCACCAGAACGGAAAGCGUGCCGGCCAACCUGACGGCGUCCCGCUCGGCUGCUGCUGGUGCGGCGUCGACGUCGACGUCGUCGUCGUCGCCGUCGGCCGGCGCGUCGGUCACUUCGGUGGCGGCGAUGCCUGUGGAGGCGGCGGCUUCGCUGGCCAUCAGCGCGGCGCUCAGCAACGACUUCGUGUCGCGCAACAAGCUGCAGGUGGGCGGCGGCUGGGGGCAGCUGCUGAGGAAGGCCGUGUGCACUUUGCAGAGGGGCAAGAUCCCGCUGCUGCUGGCCGUCGAGGCGGGCAACCAGUCCAUGUGCCGCGAGCUGCUGUCGCAGCAGACGGCCGAGCAGCUGCGCGCCACCACCGACAACGGCGACACCGCGCUGCACCUGGCCACCAGGCGGAGAGACGUCGACAUGGUGCGCAUCCUGGUCGACUACGGCGCCAACGUCGACAUGCAGAACGGGGAGGGCCAGACAGCGCUUCACAUCGCCGCCGGGGAGGGCGAUGAGUCUCUGGUCAAGUACUUCUACACGGUGCGGGCCAACCCCUCCAUCAUCGACAACCAAGACCGGACGCCGAUGCACCUGGCGGCGGAGAAUGGCCACGCUGGCGUCAUCGAACUGCUGGCGGACAAGUACAAGGCGUCCAUCUACGAGCGCACCAAGGACGGCAGCACGCUGAUGCACAUCGCCUCGCUCAACGGUCACACCGAGUGCGCCAUGAUGCUCUUCAAGAAGGGCGUCUACCUACACAUGCCCAACAAGGGCGGCGCCCGCAGUAUCCACACGGCGGCGCGCUACGGACACGUGGGCAUCAUCAGCACGCUGCUGCAGAAGGGCGAGAAGGUCGACGUACCCACGCACGACAACUACACGGCCCUGCACGUCGCUGUGGAGUCCUGCAAACCCGCCGUGGUGGAGACGUUGCUGGGAUACGGUGCGGAUGUCCACGUCAGAGGAGGUAAGCUGCGAGAGACGCCGCUGCACAUCGCGGCGCGCGUGCGCGAGGGCGACCGGUGCGCGCUGAUGCUGCUCAAGUCGGGCGCCAACUGCAACCUGACGACGGACGACGGGCGCACGCCCGUGCACGUGGCCGCCAAGCACGGCAACCUGGCCACGCUCACGCUGCUGCUCAACGACGGCGGCGACGCCCUCUUCAAGUCCAAGAACGGGGAGACGCCGCUGCACCUGGCGUGCCGCGGCUGCCGCGCAGACGUGGUCCAGCACCUGCUGCAGUGGGUGAGGGAGCAGCGCGGCCCCGAGGUGGCGGCCGCCUACGUCAACUCCGUCAACGACGACGGCGCCAGCGCGCUGCACUACGCCGCGCAGGUCUCCAAGGCGGAGGUCGAGGUGCCCGACAACGACCGACAGGUCAUCCAGCUGCUGCUCGAGGGCGGCGCCGAGGUCUCGCUCUGCACCAAGUCGGCCCAGGAGACGCCGUUCCACUGCUGCGCCCUGGCGGGCAACAACGACGUGCUGACGGAGAUGCUGUCGCGCAUGACGCAGACGGACGUGCAGAAGGCGCUGAACCGGCAGAACGCGGUGGGCUGGACGCCGCUGCUCAUCGCCUGCCACCACGGCCACAUGCGGCUCAUCUCGACGCUGCUGGCCAACCACGCGCGCGUCGACGUCUUCGACAACGAGGGCCGGUCGGCGCUGCACCUGGCGGCCGACCGCGGCUACCUGGAGGUGUGCGACGCGCUGCUCACGCACAAGGCCUUCAUCAACAGCAAGUCGCGCGUCGGCCGCACCGCCCUACACCUCGCCGCCAUGAACGGAUACGCGCACCUCUGCAGGUUCCUGGUGCAGGACCACAACGCGACGAUCGACGUGCUGACGCUGAAGAAGCAGACGCCACUGCACCUGGCGGCGGGCACGGGCCAGCUGGAGGUGUGCCGGCUGCUGCUCGAGCUGGGGGCCGACAUCGACGCCACCGACGACAUGGGCCAGAAGCCCAUCCACGCCGCCGCCCAGAACAACUUCUCCGAGGUGGCGCAGCUCUUCCUGCAGCGCCACCCCAGCCUCGUCAUGGCCUGCACCAAGGACGGCAACACGUGCGCGCACAUCGCGGCGAUGCAGGGCUCCAUCCGCGUCAUCGAGGAGCUGAUGAAGUUCGACCGGUCGGGCGUCAUCUCGGCGCGCAACCGCAUCACCGAGGCGACGCCGCUGCAGCUGGCGGCCGAGGGAGGGCACGCCGACGUCGUGCGGGCGCUGGUGCGCGCCGGCGCCUCCUGCACCGACGAGAACAAGGCGGGCUUCACGGCGGUGCACCUGGCGGCGCAGAACGGCCACAACCAGGUGCUGGACGUGAUGCGCUCCACGCAGUCGCUGCGCGUCUCCAGCAAGAAGCUCGGCGUCACCGCACUCCACGUGGCCGCCUACUUCGGACAGGCCGAGACGGUGCGCGAGCUGUUGAUCCACGUGCCGGCGACAGUGAAGUCGGACCCGCCGGCGGGCAGCAGCCUCGUGGGCGAGUUGGGGAACGAGUCGGGCAUGACGCCGCUCCACCUGGCCGCCUACUCGGGCAACGAGAACGUGGUGCGCCUGCUGCUCAACUCGGCAGGAGUCCAGGUCGACGCCGCCACCACUGAGAACGGCUACAACCCGCUGCACCUGGCGUGCUUCGGCGGCCACAUCACGGUGGUGGGCCUGCUGGUGAGCCGCGCCGCCGACCUGCUGCAGAGCGGCGACAAGCACGGCAAGACGGGGCUCCACAUCGCCGCCAUGCACGGCCACUUCCAGAUGUGCGAGGUGCUGCUGGGCCAGGGCGCAGAGAUCAACGCGCCCGACAAGAACGGCUGGACUUCGCUGCACUGCGCGGCGCGCGCCGGCUACAUCGACGUGGUGCGUCUGCUGGUGGAGUCCGGGGCUUCCCCCAAGAGCGAGACCAACUACGGCAGCGCCCCCAUCUGGUUCGCCGCCGCAGAGGGCCACAACGACGUGCUCAAGUACCUCAUGACCAAGGAGCACGACACAUACUCGCUGAUGGACGACCGCAGGUUUGUUUACAACUUGAUGAUAUGCAGCAAAAACAAUAACAACAAAACAAUUGAAGACUUCAUCCUGGUGUCACCAGCUCCUGUUGACACUGCAGCUAAAUUGUCAAAUAUCUUUGUUGUACUUUCUACAAAGGAGAAAGAGAGAGCUAAAGACUUGAUAGCUGCUGGUAAGCAGUGUGAGACAAUGGCAACAGAGCUGCUGGCCCUGGCUGCUGGGUCAGAUUCAGCAGGUCGUAUUCUGACUGCUACUGACAGACGAAACAUAGAGUUCCUCGAUGUACUCAUUGAAAAUGAGCAGAAGGAGGUCAUUGCACACAUGGUUGUACAACGGUAUCUUCAGGAACUCUGGCAAGGAAGUUUAAACUGGGCAGCAUGGAGAACAAUGUUGCUGUUUGUUGCGUUCUUAGUGUGCCCUCCAGUAUGGAUUGGUUUUACACUCCCACUGGGCCACAAAUAUAACAAGGUGCCUAUCAUCAAGUUUAUGUCAUACCUGACAUCACAUAUGUACCUGAUGCUGUUCCUCAUGCUGACUGGAAUUACACCAUUUUACCCAGUAGUGAGGCCAAAAUUGAUCCCUUACUGGUAUGAAUGGGUGCUACUUGUGUGGUUAUCAGGAUUGUUGCUCUUUGAACUUACAAAUCCCAGUGACAAGAGUGGACUUGGUUGGAUCAAGGUAGCCGUGUUGCUGUUUGGCAUCUUUGGAGUGGCAGCACAUUUGGCAGGCAUGCUGUUUGUUCCGAGAAUUUAUUGGCCUACUCUCAUGUACAUCAGAAAUCAAUUGUUUGCCAUGUCUUUUCUUUUGGCAUGUGUGCAGAUUCUUGACUUUCUGUCCUUUCACCAUCUAUUUGGACCAUGGGCUAUCAUUAUAGGAAAUCUUAUGAAAGACUUGGCACGCUUCCUUGCUGUGCUUGCCAUUUUUGUAUUUGGGUUUUCAAUGAAUAUUGUUGCAUUGAAUCAGCCUUUCAAGAACUAUACACCUGAGCAACUACAGAAAAACAUCAACCCACUGGCACAGGAGUUGAGGGGGCAUAGACCACACUGUGAGGUGUAUCUCACACCACUGGAAGCAUUUGAAUUGCUGUUUUUUGCUGUGUUUGGGAUGACGACUGUUGAAAAUGUCAGAAAACAUACUAACAAGACUCAGCCAGAUUGGACGAAUGCUCUCUUUAAGGGCAUGUUCAUGGUGUACAUGCUGGUGUCUGUUGUUGUAUUGAUAAAUCUGCUUAUUGCUAUGAUGAGUGACACAUACCAGCGUAUCCAAGCACAGUCAGAUAUUGAGUGGAAAUAUGGUUUAGCAAAGCUAAUUCGCAAUAUGCAUCGUACUACAACCACUCCGUCACCAUUAAAUCUCAUUACGUCAUGGCUUCUUUACUUCCUUCGUUUAUGCAAGCAGAAGAUGACAAAACGUAAGAGACCCAGUCUGGUGCAAAUGAUGGGUCUCCAGAGGUCUAGAGCCAGUGCAAGAUCAAAAAUGGGAGCAAAAUGGCUAGCAAAAGUUAAGAAAGGCCAAGUUGCUCCUAAAGAUUCAGUUGCUCUGAGUGUUGUACACUUGAGCCCUCUUGGAUCACAGCUAAGCUUUAACAAUGUCACACGGAUAGAAAAUGUGACAGAUUGGGAAGCAAUAGCUAAAAAAUACAGAAUUCUGAUGGGUGAGGUUGAAGAAAGAGUUGGAAGCUCUGCAUCAGAUGAUGAUAUUUCAAAUGUUGAAAAUGAAUCCAACAAUAACCAUGAGAGCUAAAGACUCAUUACAUUGCUAAUAUUGUAUGAAUCUAUGUAAUAUCAUAUUAAAGCCUAAUCAUAUGUAGAUUUCAUAAAUUAAGAUAUUUUCUCUGAAAAAAAAAAAACUGGGCUUCCGA